UAUAUUUAUCAGGAAGUGCAGGUUGGUGUGGAUGCCAAUGGUAAAGGAGUGUUCAGGUUAAAUUUUUAUGGACAAACUUUAAUAUUAAUAAUUUUUAGGAUAGAAAGGAAGUAUAUGCACCCGCAAAUAAUUUUUGCAGAAACUGUGGCUUUUCUUUUAAACUUUGUAAGUUGCUUUGGGCAUAUGGAUUUUGUGGCUUUGUUUGAGGCGGGGCCUGUUUAGACGUUGCUGGAUAUGGACGCCGAUCUUUAAUUCUUGGGAUGAAUGUACGUUUGAAACCAAUAAUUGUAAAAAUAACUAAAUUUUAGUGAAGAGAUUGGCUAGAAGAUGUCUUGUCAAAUUCCACCAAGAUAAGGCGGGGCUGGUGACUUAGAAGCUUGUCAAUUAGCACACAAGGCUUUCAGCUAUCUUAUACUAAAAGGUCAAGCCAGAGUACAGGCUUAUAUAGCAAUGAACCAAGUUUCUACCGAUGGACUUGAGCGCGGACCCGUCAGAACAUGAAAAACAUUUAAGUCUUGCUGAAGCAAUCAGACCUUACGGAAUGGGGGAACCUGUCGAAAAGGAUCCAAGCGGGGGCAAGUGUUUACAAUGUGAUAGCGAUGAUCAUCAGACAAGAGUCUGUAGCAAUGGCAGGGGCUCUGGUCGCAAGGACAGUGAGGGCAACGUAUGGGGGUUGAUUUUAAGCUGA